CACGCCAGCACAUUUAAAACCGCGGCACUUAAAAACUAACCUAAAGCAACCCGAGCCAUCCCGUUUGCACAGUUGUUCAUCCUCAGCCCAAUCUGCCAAAUAAAUCAAUCCAUCAAAUGCAGAUUCUCUCUCUCAUUGCUGGCUGUAGAAACGUAGCAUACAACUCCCUUUCAGCGGGAAAGAAAAAGCAUAGAGAAAUUGAAAACCUAGCUCCUCACAAGCGGAUGGAAGUGAAGUUUGUGCAGAGCUUGGCUCCGCCUCUGAUUGCUGCUUUUGUCGCUUUAUCCCCCUUGUGCGACACCCCAGUGUCACUAGGACAGACAACUGCAGAUAUACAGAAAGGGGCAAUCUUAUUUAGUCGUUCUUGUAUUGGGUGUCAUGACGCGGGUGGAAACAUAAUUCAACCAGGAGCCACUCUUUUCAUGGAAGACCUGCAAAGAAAUGGAGCAGCCACUGAAGAAGAGAUAUACCGCAUUACUUACUUUGGGAAGGGAAGAAUGCCGGGAUUUGGGGAGAAUUGCACGCCACGAGGCCAAUGCACCUUUGGGCCACGUUUGCAGGAUGAUGAAAUUAAGUUGUUGGCUGAGUUUGUGAAGUCGCAAGCUGAUCAGGGCUGGCCUAACAACCAAAUUAUUCAAGAUUGAUGAUGGCUUCCCAUAAUUCUCUAGAAAGAAAAUAAAAAUAAAAAUUAAAAUAAAAAUGAAGAAGAGAGAGAUCGCUUGCCUAUUUAGAUUAGGAGGCUAUGUAAUUUUCAACGUAAUUCUUUAAACUUAUACAAUUGGCCAGUGUCCUCUUCCAUAACCCCUUUUGGCCAAUUCCUCUCAACCUUGACGAUUGUGAUUCAUAAGAUAAAUGUAUUGCAUAUGACCUCGUGUUUUUUCUA